AUGGCGUCCAUGUUGCCAGAGUUACUCUUUGAGAUUAGUGGUCAGGUGUCUUCUCCCUAUAAAUAUUUCUAUCAUCUUGCUGUAACAAAAACAGAGAUAUCCACCGGCUCUCCACAAGGCUGUGUAUUGAGCCCUCUACUCUACUCCCUGUAUACAUACAUGUAUGACUGUACUCCCACUCAUCCCACCAACUCUGUCAUCAAAUUUGCAGAUGAUACCACAGUGAUUGGACUCAUCUCAGGAGAUGAUGAAUCAGCCUACAGAGAUGGAGUCCGUAAAUUAGAGAAGUGGUGCUCUGUAAUAUGGAGGUGGUGGAAGAUUUCUUUGCGUAUGAAGCAAAAAGCAUUGCCUGGAGAAAGAAAACAUAAUGAGUUUCUAAAUGAUGACAGACUACAGCAACACAUUAUUGCAGUGUCUGGAUCAAAGAUAAUGGAGUAUUCACUUGGCUUGUGUGAAGGGAGGUUUGAUUAUCUGGAGCGUUUAAUAUGUGAGUUAUGUACUGCUGAUAAACUGCUACUGCAUGUUCUUUAUUAUCUGAACUACCAGGACAUUUGCCACCUCAACCAGACCUCACACCUUUUCAAGAAGAUACGUCAGUCUAAAGAAUUAUGGAAGUAG